AUGAAGAUAAUUAUAUAUUUUUGCAUUUGGACAGUAGCAUGGGCCAUUCCAAUAAUAUUUUCACUUUGGUAGGUUCCUCAAAUCAAGCCAUUGGCGAGACACGCUGUUGACAAAUCUGUGAAUUUACAUCUUCUAGCAAAAUUGAAAGUGCCAAUACAGGAUGAGUUAAAUGCCAAUGAUACCACCAAAGAAAGUGGUGUCCUCGUGCAUGAAAAUGAAAGAGGAAGGCAACAGUGCACCAAAGAUGGUUACAAAGGAGAGAGAAAUGGUUCUGAGUGGGCAGAAGUGGGAGAGAAAAGUUCUUCUACACGUUCCAUGUUAGCAAAUGAAGAGGGGAAUACUGAGGAUCUGAAUGGGGGCACAGGAAAACCAGAAACAUAUGGUCAUGAUGGGAUCCAUGGCCAAGAAGACAGCACCACAGCAAAUGGCAUCAGGGGACAAGUAAGCAUCAUCGACAGUGCUGGAACAGCAAAUGGGAACAAUAUUAAUGGGAUUACUGAGAACAAUUCCAAAAAUGGGGGUGCUGGAAAUGCGAGUCAGAGUGAAGAUGCCACUGUUGUCCAAGAAGAUGGACAUCAAAUAGCUGGAAGCAAUAAUGGUACAGGUCAUGAGGAUGAAAUAAGUGGGAACUUCUGUAGAAAUGGGGGUGAUACACAUGAACAAACACCCCAGAGAGAAGGCGAGAGCAACGGGAAUGAGGAGACAGGGGUGACACCAGGGGGAAGUGGAGAUAGCAAUAGAGAAGAUGUUGCCUUGGAUAAUUCUGAUGGAAGUCCUAGUGGGAAUGGAGCAGAUGAAGAUGAAGACAUGGGCUCUGGUGAUGAUGAAGGUGAAGAAACAGGGAAUGGAGAAAAAGGCCCUGGUAACAGCAAGGGCCAAGAGGGUCAACCUCAUGAGACAGAAGAUGACGAUGACAAUAGCUUAGGUCAAAAUUCAAUUAGUAGUGAAGAUGAUGACCCUGGGGACAAAGAAGACGCCCAUGCCAUAGACAACACCUCCAAGAGUGAGGAAGAUUUUGACGAUAUUCCAGGAGACAAUGGUAGCCAAAAAAUAGAGGACACUCAAAAACCCAAUCACAGAGAAAGCAAAGCUGUGGAAAAUGGAAUCACUGAAAAAUUAGAGCCACCUGCUAUUGGGAAGAGCCAAGUUAAGGGAAUAGAAAUGGAAAGUCCCAGCAGUGGCAACAGAAACAAUAUUACCAAAGAAGCUGGGAAAAUGAAUGAAGAUAAAGAGAGUAAAGGCCAACAUGGAAUGAUUGUGGGCAAAGGAAAUGUCAAGACACAAGAAGAGGUUGACGUCAUGCAAGGACCUGGCCAGAAAUUAGAACUUCGAAAUAAGUUUGGACCCAGCAAAACACGCAGUGACAGUAACAGUGACGGCUAUGACAGUUAUGAGUUUGAUGAUGAAUCCGUGCAAGAAGAUGAUCCCAACAGCAGUGGUGAGUCUAAUGGCAGUGAUGAUACCAAUUCUGAAGGUGACAACAACCACAGUAGCCGAGGAGAUGCUCCUUAUAACUCUGAUGAAUCAAGUGAUAAUGGCAACGACAGUGACUCAAAAGGAGGAGAAGAAGAUGAUAGUGAUAACACAUCAGAUGCUAAUGAUAGUGGUAGUGAUGGCAAUGGUAACAAUGGGAGUGAUAAGAAUGGAAAAUCAGGCAGCACCAAAGAUAAAUCAGAUAACAGUGACAGCAGUGACAGUAGUGACAGCAGUGAUAGCAGUGACAGCAGUGACAGUAGUGACAGCAAAUCAGACAGCAGCGACAGUAGUGAAAGCAGUGACAGCAGUGACAGUAGUGAUAGCAGUGACAGUAGUGACAGUAGUAGUGGCAGCAAGUCUGACAGCAGUGACAGCAGUGACAGUAGUGAUAGCAAUGACAGUAGCAACAGUAGUGACAGCACAUCAGACAGCAGUGACAGUAGUGAAAGCAGUGAUAGCAGUGACAGUAGUGAUAGCAGUGACAGCAGUGACAGCAGUGACAGUAGUGAUAGCAGUGACAGCAGUGACAGUAGUGACAGCAAAUCAGACAGCAGUGACAGUAGUGACAGCAGUGACAGUGACAGUAAAUCAGACAGUGACAGUAGUGACAGCAGUGAUAGUGACAGUAAAUCAGACAGUGACAGCAGUAACAGUAGUGACAGCAAAUCAGACAGUGACAGUAGUGACAGCAGUGACAGUAGUGACAGUAGUGACAGCAAAUCAGACAGUAGUGACAGCAGUGACAGCAAAUCAGAUAGUAGUGAUAGCAGUGACAGUAGUGACAGUGACAGCAGCGACAGUGACAGCAGUGACAGCAGUGAUAGUGACAGCAGUGACAGUGACAGCAAUGAUAGUGACAGCAGUGAUAGUGACAGCAGCAACAGUGACAGCAGUGACAGCAGUGAUAGUGACAGUAGUGACAGUGACAGCAGUGAUAGUGACAGCAGCAGCUGUGACAGCAGUGAUGACAGUAGUGACAGCAACAGCAGUGAUAGUGACAGCAGUGACAGUGCAUCUGACAGUGGUGAUGAGAGUGACAGCAAGAGCAAGUCUGGUAACGGCAACAACAAUGGAGGUGGUAGUGACAGUGAUAGUGACAGUGAAGGCAGUGACAGUAAUCACUCAACCAGUGACGAUUAG